GAGGGGCAUUCGACGAAUAUCACCUGCGAGCCAUUUAAUGAUACUGACAAUCUUUCCUCGAGGACCGACCAUCACGAGAGGUCAUAUCGUGGCCUUCCACUCGCUCCAUCUUGCACUUGCACGCUGGGGCGCUUGCUCUCCUCAUGAUAUCACCUACCUACUUCAGCGUCAAUUGCUACAACCUCCAUCUCUGCGCUAUUGCCCAACAUUGUUGGCAAUGAGUGUCCACGACCACCAUGAACGGUAUCACGGAGCCGUUACCUGGCCUCCUUGAUGAUCCCCAGUUCCAGAUAACAGAUCUGCCUGCUUUGACCAACUUUCAAAUUGCCCCGUUGCGCAACCCUGCCCCAACACGUCACGCAAAUGUCCCAUCACCUCUCGAACCUCUGACAGAUAACAUCCUUAACAACAGUCGAAGUAGCAAGAGCAAGAAGCCUGGUGAAGACCAUAAUGAGAGGAAACGGGGUCCCAAGAUCACACCAAACGAUGUUCUACUGGCUCGAGAAGCAAAGAAGCCGCACUUGGCCAUCAGUGAGCUGCUUGAUGCCAACAAUGGUCCAGAAUUCGCUCCGACUCAUCUGCCUUCAUUCAUAAGCCUGUCUGUGGUCGAAAAGUCUCCUGUUCAGGCCCCCACAUCGCUGGAAUAUUCACAGGGACAAAGACGUUCUAGACUCGAUGUCGAAGCGGAUCACAUAUCUUUGGACUUGAUCAGAAGAUUACCUCGACCCGCUCAGAAAGAUGAGCGGCCAAACAGACCAGCACCGCUUUUGCCGGCGAUGGUCACGGGCUUACAUGAGCCGCCUCCCUCGGCAGCCCUGCUACCAUCCAUCGAUGUCGAAUCACGCCCUACCAUCUCACGGACUGGCACAACUUCCAAGAUCCACGUCAAGGACAUUCUCACUGCCGAGAGCAAUACAAGGACACCAUCAACAACCCUCCCUCAUAUCGCUCCCGCACCAGAGCCGGCGACACGAAAGGCUGACGCUGACUCGCAUUUAGCUCGCCCAGGAGGAGAAAUUCAUGCCGAUACGGAGAUCAACACAUCUGCAACAGCAUGGGACGAGAAAAAGCAGGUCCGGAGACAACGGCGGAAAUGGACCGACGAAGAGACUAGGGAACUGAUCGCUGGCGUGAAGAAGUACGGUGUAGGCAAAUGGAAGCAAAUACUAGACGAUCCCUCGUUUCAUCUACCCGAUCGAAGUUCAGUCGACCUCAAAGAUCGCUACAGAGUAUGUGGGUAUCGCUACAAAGUCUGUACAGACAACAACCAUGUAACGAGACUCGGUGGUUCCUCACCAAAUGGCAGCCCGCCUGAUGCCGAGUCGAAAGCGACAAGCGAGCUCGUCGAAGUUUCACAGCACACCACGUCGUCUGAAAAUGCUCCGGCACCAACGUCGCCCACCGAGCAAGGUCUGAGCCAGAAGCAGCGACGCAGACGUCGUGCUUGGACCGAUUACGAGGACACAAAUUUGCUCAAAGGCGUGGCGAAGCAUGGCUUUCAAUGGACAGCCAUCCACGAUGACCCUGAACUUGACCUUCGGCAUCGCCGUGCGACCGACCUCCGCGACAGAAUCCGCAAUAAAUUCCCGGAUGGGUACAGACAUGCUGAAACUGCGCCCCUGAAAUCCGAAGUCAAAAAGGCAGGGAAGCGCCGUGUCUCUCCAUCUGGGGCUCCUUCAGUCGACACUGCCGCUGCUGUAACGCCCGUCAAACUUCCUGACACUCGUGCCGUUCUGGCAGGAGAGGCGUCCGCACAGUCAAAUACAAGCACGCCUACUCCUGAUCGAGGUGCUGAUGGGUACAGCCACCGUCCAACCAUGACGAUGCUGCUCCACCAUGACAGUGAUCGCGACGACGCCAGGGACAGGGACAAGCACGACAAAGACAGGGAAAGGGACAGACAGAAGGAUCAACCUGGCGUAACACUGCCAAGUUUCACGCUGGACGUGGACGACAUGGACUGGGGCAAUAACACUCUUGCUCCGGUUCACGAUUGGGAUGACGUUGGAAUCUGAAAAGCAACAUGGAUUUAACAAUGCAUGUCGGAUCUACGGGCGUACUUUGCAUCUUCGGGACAUCGAUGAGAUAGAAGUGGGUUAUCAUUGACAG